CAAUUCGAGAGCUGCGACGAGUACGCUCGCAUCUAUUACGUGGUGUGUUUACGUGAAGUGGAUUCUGUGGUGAGAUUAUCGAAUGUCGUAAAGUGAAAGAUAGUGUUGUUUGGUCAAGUGCAACUUAUGUGUUCGAAAGAUUUUAUAUGGUGUAGUUGAAGUGAAUCAAAAUGUGUGAGGCACCGUGGUGUGCAAAAUUGAUUUUUGCCACGUAGUGACGCGAACGGGUGAAUGAUUCCUAAUGUGGAGUUCGAAGCAAGAUGGUUAGAGAGACUCGGCACCUGUGGGUUGGAAAUUUACCCGAUAACAUUCGCGAGGAUCGAAUAAGGGAGCACUUCAAACGCUAUGGCCGAGUCCAGAAUGUCAAGUUGCUGGGUCGAACGGAGAACGCAAGCGCCCUGGCGGGCGGGAGCGCGAUUAGUGGGUGCGGUAUUUGUGCCACAGUGGCCUUUAUGGACAUUAAGUCCGCAUCGAAGGCCCACAACGCGGAGCACGUGCUCGACGACCGCACCCUUACCACCGAGUACUACGAGCCGGCCGCGAUACCGACGGCGGCCGGAGCGCCCUCGGCCGGCUCGUCACCCGCCGGCUCCGGAUACUCGGGUUCUUCGUCCUCCGUGAAUUCAGCGCCCAACCCACCCUCCACUUCGCGGUACCAUCUAUCGGGCGGCGAAGAUAGCACUAGCAACCCGUGUGCGAUUGUGGCGACGGCGGCUGCCCCGGCGAACUGGCGGGGCACCAACGACAGCGCGACGGACUAUUGCCGGCGCGGCAACACGCCAGUCACAUACGGCAGGUACCAGCGGAAAAAUUCUACCGCGCCCUACAACACGCCUCCUUCUAACGUUGAAAGGACGACACCUCACCACCGAUGGUACGCGAGCGGGGAGCGCACCAGCGGCGGCGGCGGCGAGAGCACGCCCAGCACGCCGGGCGGCGCCGACAGCGGGCGGCGGCGGCGCGCGUCCGGCUCCGGCUCGUCGCGCUCCGAGUCCAGCUCGCCCGAGCCCUCCGACACCUCGCGCGCCUCCACGCCGCAGCAGCCGCCGCCGCACACGCCGCACCACAACGCGCACCGCACGCCGCCCGGCUUACAACACCAGUGGGCGUCGACUGCAAGCGGGAGACCUCUGGCCAUUUGUGUCCGAAAUCUUCCGACAAGGUCGACGGAUAGUUCACUCAAAGAUGGUCUCUACCACGAGUACAAGAAACACGGGAAGGUGGUGUGGGUGAAGGUGGUCGGUCAGAACGCCGACCGAUACGCAGUGGUCCGUUUUAAGAAACCGUCCGACGUAGAGAAGGCACUCGAAGUGUCUCAAGAUAAGCUUUUUUUUGGGUGUAAGAUCUCAGUGGCACCUCACCAAAGUUGCGAUGAAGAUGCGGAUUCGGCCAAACCUUACGAGACUGAUAUUGAUGAAUACCAUCCGAAGGCGACUAGGACGUUAUUUAUUGGUAAUUUAGAAAAAGAUGUAACGCAACAACAAUUGAGAGAUAAAUUCAAACACUUCGGACGAAUAAUAGAAAUCGAUAUCAAGAAAGGGAGCGGCGGAGGCGCGGGCUACGCGUUCUGUCAGUACGCGUCAAUAUCGAGCGUGGUGGAGGCCAUCCGUGCCAUGGACGGCGAGUACGUGGGCGGCUCGCGGGUCAAGCUGGGCUUCGGCAAGCCCGUCGCCACCACCUGCGUGUGGGUCGACGGGCUCACCGAGCACACGGAGAAACAGGUGCUAGGCGCGGUGUCGCGGUGCGGCGCGGCGACGUCGGUGUGCGUGGACCGCGCGGCGGGCGCGGCGCUGGUGCACUUCGAGCAGGCCGCGGCCGCCGGCGCCGCCGUGCGCGAGCUGCGCCGCGUCGCCGCGCAGGCCUCCGCCGCCGAGCCUGACCACCCGCGUCUUUGCGUCGACUACGCGUCCCGAGAGUGCCAGGAUGCGUUUUACGAGCAGUUAGAAAAACAUGGCGGUUCAGCGGCGCUGUCUGGCACCGAGAGACUGAGUGGCGAUGUAGCCACGCGAUACACGUCGACACGUCACGAUCCGCUACGAUACGAGAGCUGUGGCUCGCGGUCGCGGGCGUCGAGCUACGGGCGCGGUUCGUCGCGGACGCCGCGCUAUUCCACGUUGGAGCACUAUGAUUCGUCGGAGUACGCGACGGAUCGACGAUACAGGGUAUAUGAUGAAGUCGGUUCCAGUCCUCAGACGGAAGAUGCACCUUACGAAGACAGACUACAGUCGGUAGUCGUCUCGCCGCAUCGAGCGCGGAAACACCGUCGGGACUCGAGCCCGGAGGAUCGAAAACAUUCUAAGGAACGGCAUCGAAGCGCGAGCGGAACGACACGGCGGUCGCGAUCGGGGUCCCGCAGCGGGGUCGGGGUCGGGGUCGGGGUCGGGGUCGGGGUCGCGCCGGCGAGCAGCGAGCGGCACGGCGCGCGGCGGCGGCACCGGCGGCGGCGCGACGGCUCGUCGUCGCUGGGCUCGCGCGCCGGCACCCCGCUGCGCGACGAGCCCGACGCCGCGCCCGCCGAGCCGCGCCGGCCGCCGCGCGAGCGCCCGCCGCUGCCCAUGUCGCUGCCGCUGCCCAAGUUCGCCGCGCAGCUGCUGCGCUCCGCCGCGCCGCAGCCGCGGCCCUCGCCGCAGCCCGCGCCGCAGCCCGCCUCGCCGCCGCGCCCGCCCUCCGCCUCCUCCUCCAGCGGCGGCGAGGCGCCGUCCGAGCCCUCGCUCGAGGAGCGCAUCCGCAGCCUCGACGAGAAGUACGAGAAGUGGAGCGGCUGUCGCGCGGGGGCCGACGCGCCCGACCGCUCCAGGCUCAGACACCGCCUGCUCGACGUCGACAUCAACGAGGUGAAGCCGUCGGACGUGGUGCGCUCGCUGCUCGCCAAGCGCUCCGUGUUCGACGAGGACUCCGAGAGGCUCGAGGGCGCGGUGCGCGCGCCCAGCCCGGCCUCCAGCCCGCGAGCGCGAGCGCCGCCGGUGGUGCCGCGCGCGCUGCGCUAUCCGUUCCCGGUGCACCCGCCGCCGGCGCCCACCACUCCGCCCACCCCCGGCCCGGCGGCGGCGCCCGAGCCCGACGUGGACGCGUCCGACCGCCCCGCGGACCCCCGGCUGAACAGGCCCGAGAGGACCUAUCAGCCGGAAAGAUUAGGAAAAUUCAACGAGAGUGAUUACAAGCUCGAGUCGAGGAUUCGACUCAGGACCCCCUCCACGGAUAAGCUACAAUCUGAUGCGAACGACAGGAAACCUUCGCCGAAGGCGGAUCCGGACCGAACCGAUCUCGACGGAGAAUCCUGGAAAGACGUAGACAGAAGAAAACGAGAUUUCCUCUUCUCUACGAGGGAAAUUGAAAGAAAACUAUCCGUUGAUCUUGAUCAGGAUGUCAAAGAAGGCUUAGAAAAAAUGGUACACGACUAUGAAAGUAAAACUGAAAAGAGUGUAAUAUCUGAUACACAAAUAACUGAAAACUCGGAAACGAGCGGGGACAAACCGUUGAUCAACAGGAAACUCGAUCAUGUUGAUGAUAUCAAGGUCAAGCGAUCUGAUAGUUCCAAUCUUGGCGAGGUUCCUAAUUCAUCACACACAUCAGAUAAAAAUAGUGUUUCAUUAGAUGAUAUAUCUGACAAGAAACCAAAGCUAGCUGAUAUAAUCACAGAGAAAUUAGAAUUUAAAAUAAAAACGGAAUCAACGAUAGAAAAAGAAAUUCGAACAAGUUUAGAAAACGAAAGUAAAGUUGCUGAUAUACUUUUCCCACUUAAGACAGAGAUUGAAGUUAAAAAGGAAACUCCUAUAUCUAAUCACAUUAAAAAAGAAGUUCUAGAAGUAGAAGUUCCACAAAGUAACCAUUUAAACAAUUUAAAUCAUUCUAUUAAACCCGCAAAGGACUUCUCAGAUCUAAGUCAAGAACUGAUCAAAGCAACCGAAAAGAAUGGAAAAGAAAGAUUUAAUCAAAACAUCAUCUUUGAAGCUAUGCAGAGUAACAAAAAAUUUGAAAAGGAAAAUAUUGAAUUUGACAAAUGCUAUGAAAAGGAAAAAUACGGCGUUAAUUCGUUUUUUUCUGAAGUAAAUAAAGUCGCAGAUAUUGAAAAAUCUAUUGAAGAUCGCGUGAAAACUGAACGUGACAAAACACGUCAUAAAGAUCGGUCAGAAAAAGAAAAAUACGAUCACGGCAGAGAUAAAAUAAAGAAUAAUAGAAAUGAGCGAGGAUUGGAGAAACAUGAUAAGGAUAAAAAACCAAAAGAUGACAGUUGCAUCGAUAAACAACACGUUGAUAAAGUGAAAGUAGAGAAAGACGGAGAAAAAGCGCCCAGAGAUAAAAAUGAUAAAGAAUCGGAAAAAAUGAAACAUCAUGAAGAAAAAUCCUCUCGGCAUGACCAUCAUAAAAAAGAUAAACAUGAAAAGGAAAGGAAAAAAGAGUGCGUCGAGAUAGAUGUUUUUGCUAAAUCAAAAAAAGACGACAAAAUUAAAUACGAUAGACCCAAGAAAGACGGUGAUUUAAAACGAGACAUUAAAAAAGAAACUGACAUUAAAAUGCGGAAGUCAUCCAGGGAUGAGUCUUCUCGAGAUUUAUGUCGCAAGGAUUCAACUGACUCGUCAACGUCAAGAGCUUCACAAGAGUCAACGAAACUAAAAGAGUCUGAUUGCAAUGAUAAUAAAGAUGAAACAAAAACCAAAUCAAAACUUAAUAAUGAUUUGACAUCAAAACAUAAGUCUGACAAAGAGAUGACACUAAAGUUUAUCGAUCCUUUAAAACUCAAUCCAACUGUUAAACUAAAAGCUACUGAUAUAAAGGAAGAAAAAAUUACCAUCAUAGAGCAAUCUGUAAAAACUGAAAAUUCCUUGGAAUCCACGUUUAAGAGCAAGCCAGAAAUAACUGAAAAACAGCGACAUUAUUCUCUCGAUUCACCUGGUUUUGAUGCAAAACGAAAAGAGCGUCUGAAUUCCUGUUCUAGUUUACCCUCUCAACUUGGACAUAAACGUCGUAUGUCAUCUCAAGAUACAUUUGAUUUUCUUAACGAAGAUAAUAAAAAAAGUAAAAACGAGAAUAAAGGUCCCGAACGAAGGGAUUCUAAGGAUUCAUCACGAAGUGCGGAUCGACAUAAAACGACUAAAUUUAACAAAGGCUAUUUUGCCAAAAUUAUUGAAAGUAAAACAAAGGAUGACAAGAAAACUCAAGUAAAACCGCCUGAUGAAGAAUGGAAAGAAAACAGUGAUAUAAAAGAUCAAAAACAACAAGAUAAACCAAAACCACAACGAAAGAGUCCGAAAGGAGAUAGUGAAGAAAAACUCAAUAACAACUCCGAUACUCAACCUGAAGGUUUACACACUGACCUCGAUUUUCUUGCUACAUUAGAACUUAGAUCAAGUGAAGAAGAUGAGAGACAAAAAGCUCUUCGAAAAGAAAUGAAAGAAAAGAAACGCAUUCAACAAUUACAACAAAUUCAGGAACUCGAAAAGAUGAAACAACAAGAUGGAUUACAACUUGGGGAUAAAAACAAAGAUGACAAAAAGCAAAAGCAUGAUGAAAAGAAAAAAGAAGCUGCUCGUGAAAAACGAAUGUCUACUGAUCGUAAAAGCAGAGACGACAAAACUGAUAAUCAAAAGCGGAAAAAUCGUAAACUAACACAGAGCACAGAUACUUCGGAUUCUGAUGAACCCAAGAAACAUUCAAUUUUUGACAUUGUUGACGAAGGACCGACCUACAUAUCGAUGUAUGACAAAGUCAAAGCCCGCUCUUGCAAAAAUAUGCAAAAACAAGAAGAAGAAAAGCGACAAGAAAAGAUCAAAGCCAAGUUUAGCCAAUUAAAGCAAAGUCGGGCUAAACGAGAGGAAAAGAAGAGAUCAAGUUGGGAUGAAGACAGUGACUCUGAACAUGAUGGUGGAAGGAGAAGACAGCAAAAACUUUCUAUGGACAGUUCCUCUGAAGAAGAACAGGUCGCUUUUCAAAGUAAGAAGCGCGAGAAAUCGCGAUCUUUUGAUUAUGAUCGUAAACAAGUUAGUGAAUUUUUAAAUAUGCCUAGUACUGAAGAAGACACACAAAACAAACUGUCCCGUAAAAACUCGAGAUCACGUAUUAUGUCAGAUACAUCAGAUGACGAAAUGUCUAAGAGGAGAAGUGUUAGUAAAAGUCCAAAUUUCCACAACGAAGUUAAAAAAGAGCGCCUGUCUGACUCAGAGUUACUUAAUAGUAGGAAAGACGAUAGUAUAACUGUAGUCGAAUCGAGCUAUGAUAAAAUAAAGAAAACCUCAUUAGUUCAACUAUUUGGCAAGAGUGAUAGUGACGACAGCAAAUUGAAAUCUAGUUUAGGGACUGAAAACGAGUAUAAACCGUUUUUUGCUCCAAAUUGUAACGAUCUCUCUUCGGAAAGCGAGUCGAUGGCAUUGCACAGGCAUUCUGGAGAAGUCCGUAAAAAACAUAAAAAACGUCAAAAGAAACACAAAUUCUCUUUUUCCGACGAUGAAACAAAAGGUGAAAAUAAUGACGGUAGUUCUAAACACAGACAUUCGGAUAAGGUUCGACGUCACAGCAAUAAAAAGGAGAAAAGGAAAGACAGAAUUCGCGACAGCAUUGAAGGUGAUGAAAGUCGCGACGACAAAAAUAAACCUAGAAGGAAUAAAACUUUGCUCAACAACUUCUCUGAAAUAAUAUCGGAUGGCACAUCAAAUAGUACUAAGAAAGAAGGCAAAAUGGAAGAUAUUUUUGGUCCAUUGUCUGAUGAAUCGGAUAAAGAGUCGAAAGGAAAUAUACAUAAACAGAACUCUUUACUACAUGACUAUGACAGCACUAUGUCCGUGUCCAACGACAAUAUGAACAAGCUAACAUCUGAUGAGACAAGACAAAGAGAAAAGGAUGAAUUAAAACGCAAGCGAGACAAAAAACGAAAGGAAAAACGAUAUUUUUCGAAAGAAGAUGAGAACAGUUUGGAUGUGGAUGCUGUCAGUAAAGCUAUUGAAGCGAGGCUAUUUGCAGAUGCAGUAAAUGAUGAAGAUACUUGCAUCCAAGCAGCAUCGCCUUUGGAAAGUGUAUCUAAGAAUGAACGAAAUGACGUAAACUAUAUGGAUGAAGACUUAGUAGUAGAAACGGGCAUUAGUGAAGGUACUGAUAAUAUGAAACGAGAUUGUAGAGAAAAGAAAAAGAAAAAGAAGAGAAGCAAAGAAGAACGUCAAAUUAGAAAAGAACAUCAUCUGUUUCACAAUCAUAACAAAAUUGACAAGUCAGAUCAAAUUAUGUGCGUUAAUUCAACAAUAACAUUAUCACCGAAAACGUUAUCUGAGAUUCCUAUGCCAAGUGACCCAGAAUCAACAUCAGCUACCAACAAAUCCGAUGACUGUGUUCUGUCUGAAACACAUAGUUUGCCGAGGUUGUCAGAUAGUCCAGUUAUUGUAAUUCAACCAGAUGAUAAUGCUGAUACGAAGAGCAGUAGCUCUACUUGCGAUGAAAUGAAACUGAUGUCUAAUGAUUUCCCCACCAUAGAAAUUGAUAAAAUUCCAAUGCCAGCGUCUAUUGAGCCAAUGGUUCAAGAUAUUGGCGAAAUACCUUUACCUGAAGAUCCAGAACCCGUUAAACAUACAAAUAAAUCCGAUAACGUAAGUCCUUCCUUUACACCCAUAGAAAGUCACGUCAGUGAAGAUGCUGUGCGAAGUAUUUCCAAUUUAGAAAAAGAACCUGAUAAGAACAACGACAAGCAGGAUGUGCUUGCUUGUCCUGUUGAAGAGAAAGUUACGGAGAAGCCCAGGGCUAUUAUUUCUCAAGAAGAAACUGCUGAUGCUGUUGCAGCACUAUUAGGGGAGAGUUUUGGAGAAAAAGAAAAUUCGUUUACUUAUGAAGAAAACGAAAAUAACUCUACACAUCAAAUUGAAAUUGAAAGUUCUAAUAUGGAAAGUGAAAAUAUUCCCGAAGAAGAUGCAGAAGAAAUGAGACAAGCUGUCCAAAACUUAAAUGCCAGCGAAAUGGAGAAACCUGAUACACCUGUUUCUGACAAUGAUCUUAACGACCUUUUAAUCGACACUGACACGGAGGAGGCCGAGGAAACUGCACAAGACGCUAUCGAGAGGUUACCAGUGAAUAUAAUUGCGACUAAUCAAUCCCUAAAUGCCAAAACCGCUCAGGCAACAGUGUCUACUGGUGUAACUUCUGCGACUUCUAAUGUAAUUAUUUCUAAACCAAUACAGACAAUGCCUGUUUCGGAACCAAACGAAACUAAGGCCAAAGCAAGCGAAGCCGAUAAUAAAUUCCCACAAGUAAAAAGAGAAUCUACCUAUCAAAUGACGUCUACGGCUACUCCUGUGAUAACAUCUUGGACACUAACAAAUAAUAAGCUGAUUGAACCACAUAUUUUAAAUAUACAGCCAAAUAAAAUCGUGGGAAGAGAUGUAAAUGAAAACAAACCUCGCCAUAUAACAGCUAACAUAGUGCAAAUAAAAGCUCCACAUAGCCAGAAUUUACAAAUCAACACCACAAGACCAAUUAUUUCUACCAACAGGAUGAGUGCUCCAUAUCAAGUAAUUAAUCAUGUAAUUCGUCCUCAGACAAAUAUGCAACCACCUACGAUAAAAAUACCAGAACCUCACAUAUUAUAUCAAAAGCCACAAGGGAUAGUCAUAUCACCUCGACUAUCAAAUGAUCCUCGUCUGCAAAGUCCGAAGGCGAGUCCACAAGGCCGAGAUGGCAUGACAUCGCCACGACUCGCUAAUAUGACAAUUUUGAGUACUUCUCCCCAGAACUUAAACGUUGGGAUGGCAUCUCCUAAUACAAUACAGCAAAGAUCUCCAGGUCAAGUCACUGUAGUACGAAUGCAACAACCACCUUUAAGUCCCAUUCAGGGAGUGCACAUACAACAUGGUGCUCGAACAAUGGUCUCGCCUAAUCGACCUAACUCUGUGUUAGUACAAACUCAAGGAGCCCCAAUACAUUUCAAUCGAUUACCUGUCACGCCAGUGUUAGCACCAAUUUCCAAACAAAUAAAUGUAAACAACAUUGUUGGCCAUAAUAAAGCAAUUGGAGUUAACACAUCUACGUUGCUUCAUCAACAUAAAAUUAUUGCUGAAGAUGGAAAAGGCGAUCAAAGAACUGGACCCGAUCAUAGCAAUACGAAAAUUAUUUUGUCGCCUACAAAUUUACCACCGAGCACUAAUCCUACAGUAAUGGCCCAAAAUCGUCUAAUAUCGAUGCAAAAUAUGCAUGGUGCAACUAUGAAUUCACCUUUAAAUAUUUCAAACAAAGGAACUAUCACCAAUGUGAAUCAUAUGUCUGAAAAGCGAGAAAAUUCAACGCAGAAAGUCGAUCAACAUAAUCAUGUGUCAUUUGGAACAACUCCGGUUUUACACGUCAGUGGAAUAAAUCAUACAUCAGCGACUAUAAUUCAGAAUCCGUCGAAGUCAGUGAUGUGUACAAUUCAAGAGACUACUGUGAGUAGAGGGCUCGGCUCAAAUGUAAUUCACACGAUCAACACGCCCAGAGUGUUAACGUCAGCACCCAUUACAAAUGUUAUUCAAAUAGACGCUAACAAACCAUCUGCUUCAGUAUUAUCAAUGGCCACUAUUCGACCACCGACUGUGCUUACAAAAUUAGAAUCUGCCAAUACCGGUAUUACGACGAGUACUCUUACUAAUGUCGUGAUGACGCCAUUGUUACUAAAAACAAGUAAUGCUCCUAGUAUUCCCCGCAUUAACAUAAAAAGCGAUAUGAGUAGCGAUGUUCAUUCCUCAAUGAUAAUGCAAAAUCAUUUGACUCGUGACAAAGUAGAAAAAUUAAACGAUAAAGAAAUAAAUUGCAAACCUGUAACGACCACAAGCGAUGUGCAGGAGAAACAAAAAGAUAUAAUAUCAGCUAAACCACCAAGCACGCCUAUAGAACUCAACGCUAAAUGCGAAACUGAUUUUGAGGAGUUAUUAAAAGACACCACUAAUGAGAUUAAAGUAACCAAUGACCCAGAAAAGAAGUUAGAAAUCAAUGUAGGGAAAACUGUUACUUUAUUCACUCAAACUCGUGAGAGACGUGACAGUAUUGAUUGUAUCAAGGAUAUGCAAAGACCUGACGUCCUUACUCCUGAAUCAACUGCCUCUGAGGGGUCUGUGAGCUCCCAAAAAGAGACAAAGCUCUUCAAUGAUAUUACUGACAAAGAACAGACAAAAAUUGGUAUCCUAGAGUCGCCCAUCGAUAAGAGUUUAAAUGAAAUAAAGAAAGAACCAUGUGAAGACACAAGUGAGAUGACCAAAAAAGUCAAUCCAAUAAAUGACAUCUUUAGAGCAUCGGAUAAUUUGUCUACAUUUCCUAAUACUAAUACAACCUCAGAAGGAAAUAAACUUUCAUCACUCCUUUUGCAAGAACCUAUCGAUAACCAGAUAAAAAGUAUUGACGAGAAUGAUUCAUGGAGUGCCAAAGACGUGAAUAUUGAAUCGGUUAUCAAGAAAGUUGAUUCUUUGUGCAACGAACCAUUUGAAGAAAAGAAAGAUGAAGUUAAAUCUGAGACAGACAUGCAAUCAAAAACUGGUCCAAAUACCUCCAAUUCUUCUAUUGAGUCUAUGCCCCUCCCCAUUCUAGAAACCGUUAAACCCUUGGACACUGAAAUAGUUACAGAUAUGACAGAUAGCUUAACAAAUACAGAAAAAACUACUCCCAGUAAAAGAGGCGGCCGUAAUAUCAGGGGCAAACGAUACGAAAAGAACUUGGACAGAGUGCAGACUCGGCAGAUCUCCAAGCCGGCUCGGGGAGGAGCGGCAGCCAAGCGAGGAGGUAGAGGUAGAACAAAGGUCGACAAGAAAAUCAAAAAUGCACUCAACACUAUAUCUAAUAAUAUGCCCGGAGAUGUAUAUGACUUUCAUGAAGACUCUGGAGAUGAAUCUGCAACAUCACCUAAUAAAGCCGAAGCUCGUCCAAGACUAAUAUUAACAAUCAAAAGUCCAUUGGGUCAUUCAAAUGCAAUAGCUACGUCAACUCUUAGUAUUGGACAAAAAGAAGCGUUGAAGAAUACCGAAAAGAUCCCGAAUAAAGAUGAAAAACAGGAAGACUUUGUUUCACCGUCUCCGAAUACACGGAAAUCUAGACGGUUACAAGAGAAAGACGUUCAACGUAGUACAGUCGACGACGUGAUAGACGACGUCAUAAAGGGUGGAACUACACCGACAAAAGCUGCCAAAGAGCCUAAUAAAAAGAGAGCGACAAGGCAAACUGGUGCCAAGACGAAUCAGCAGGAUAAAACAACUACAGCUGACACCAGAAAAUCUCCUCGAGGCACGAAACGAUCCCGAGAUAGAAGUUUUUCUUUCUCUGAUGCGUCAAUGGAUAGCAGUGAUGAAAAGGUGACCAAGAAAGAGGACAACGUGAAAGAUCCCAAAAUACCGAAACUAGCCGAAACUUCGGCUACGACAAAGCCUGAAGCGGAGACUGAGGUGUCUAAACCUGCUAUCUUGCCAGUUCAGAACCCACCGGCCACCUCGAUUGCGCCCGCCGCAUGUCAGCCUGUCGUCGCCAGCGCGUCAGUUCCAAACCACCUGCCGGUGGUCAAUAACGCUCCCAUUGUCCAGGGCUCAUCGACAGUUAGCAAAGCUCCAAGCAAUUCAACCAUCAUCAACACUCCAGCGGCUAGUGGCUCGCUCGUCAUCAACUCGCCCGCGGUCAAGCCGCCGAACUCUCAUCCCGCGCCCACCCCCAUCAUGAAGCCACCGAAGAAGAUGAUAUCGGAAAAGCUUGCCAUCGAAUCCGCCGCCACUGCUACCGCGGCCUCGAGCAUAGACAUCCAAGCGGACAGGGCGCCCGCGGUGACGGACAAGCACGUCCUGCCGCUGCGCGAUGUCCGCCAGGAAGCGGAGAUGGCGGCCGCCACGGGUGAGGGCGACGCGUUUGGCCGCCGGCCGGACGGCGCGCCCGGCGUGCCCGGCGUGCCCGGCGUGCCGGCCGCGCAGAUGAUGCCCGUGGGCGCCACCGAGGCCACGGACGACCGCGUGCAGUCGCCCGCGCUGCCGCACCGCCUGCCCGGCUCGCACCGCCCGGCCGACCGAGCAACACCUGUACUCAUGAGGGCCGGCGAGGGCGAGGCCGCGGGGCUGCGGGCCCGCUACGGCAACGUGGCGAGCCUGCCGCGCGGCGCGCACCUGCCGCAGCCGGCGCCGCACCUGUCCGCCAAGCCGCCGCAGGCCGCGCCGCCUUUACACCACCCUGGAGCUGCGUCCCGAGGCACCAUCACCUGCGUGCCGACCAUCAGUCCGCAGGGACAAAUAGCUUUGUCCGCCGAUUUAGUUAGAAGUCCUCCGCCUGCUCACCAACAUACUUCUCCAGUUACCCCGGUAUACCCUAAUAGCGACGGAAUGUAUCCGCACUUCUCGCCCCAGCACUACCAGAUGUACCAACAACACUUCAGAGUUGCGCAGGCACAAGACACCCGGCCCACGCCCUCUCAGUAUCCAAGGGUGCUGGAGGCGGACGUGUCGGAGGCGCCCACGCCGCCGCUGGAGCUGCGGCGCCCGCCCUCCGCGCGCGUGCCGCGCCCCGCGCACUCGCCGUCGCCCGCCGACCGACAUAUCAUGUACGCCGUGGGUUGCGGGCGGUCGCCGCCGCCGGCGCACGGCGGGGGCGGCGGCGCGGGCGCGGCGCGGCUGGCGGGCGCGCUGCCGCCGCCGCCCGGCCCGCCCAUCGCCAGCCAGGUGCCGCGCGAGGCCGACUCGCUGCAGAUGUUACUCAGGCGCUACCCGGUGAUGUGGCAGGGCCUGCUGGCGCUGAAGAACGACUCUGCGGCGGUGCAGAUGCACUUCGUGGGCGGCUGCAUGGACGUGGCGGGCGACACGCUGCCGCGCCACACGGACGGCUCCACGCCGCCGCUGCGCAUCGCGCAGCGCAUGCGCCUAGAGCCCGCGCAGCUCGACCAGGUGCAUCGCAAGAUGAAGAUGGAAAACGAGCAUUGCAUUCUACUGGCGCUACCUUGCGGGCGCGAUCACAUGGACGUGCUGCAGCAGUCCACCAACCUCAGCGCCGGGUUCAUCACCUACCUGCAGCGCAAGCAGGCCGCCGGCAUCGUGAACGUCGCACCGCCCGGACACCAUCAGGCCAUGUACACGGUGCACAUCUUCCCGUCGUGCGACUUCGCCAACGAGAACCUGAACCGCAUCGCGCCCGACCUCAUGCACCGCGUGGCCGACAUCGCGCACCUGCUCAUCGUCAUCGCCACCGCGCCGUGAGCGGCCCGCCCGCCGCCCGAGCGGGCUAGCCUGACCAGCCACCGAGCCGCGGACCGGUGCCUUCUCCCUCCUAGUCCGCGGCCCAAGCGAUCCCCGGAUUGACGUACCACCCCGAAUAUGACGAUUGCCGUUUACUGAACCGGCAUCCUAUGAUCAGAAAUGAGACUCUAACGCCGAUUAGAUGAUUAAUAAUAACGCAUUGUAAAUACGGCCAGGUUGUGAAACUUUCUUAACUUUAUUUUUUAUCUUAGUUAGCGACUGACCUGGUAGAGACCGUUAAGAGACCGACGUGGAAGCUUUUUAAUAGUGGACGGAAUGAUAAAUGUUUGUAGGAAUUGAGUCUUAAUACCUCUAUGAAGCUGAACUAUCGUUGUAGUGAUGUAACGUUAGUUUAUUUAUUGUUACGGCGGGGCCGCUGCGAUGGCCUCGCCCUGUAUAAACGAACUCUCACAUAAAUAGGUAAGCCGCCGUCACAUAUUUAAGUGCUAGAUUUAAGAAUUAGCUUAUUUGUAAAAUACUUUUGUUAUGGUCGACUGGGUUCGACGUUAUUCGGAGUUUAAAUUUAUAUAAAAAAUAAGAUAAAUAAAUGCCCCUCAAGUCGGUUGAUAAAAAUAUAUUUUAGUUUUGGGUUCUGUUAGAUGAGUGGCAAUCUAUCGAGCAUUUUUUUAUUGUUAGUGUAUAUUGUUAUUUUGUUUUAAGCGACUAGGUCUAAAGUAACUUAAAUUCUGUAAAUACCGAAUCUAUUCGUACUAAAAUUCGAUUUAUUCGCUUAGAUAACGGUAGGUAAAGGAAAACUCAUCAUUCGAGUGAAUACUGUUUAUUUGUAAAAAUAUUAGUCGAGAAGUUUAUUAAAAAGUAAGGGAUAAAAAUACACAUGGAAAAUAAACUGUGAUUCUGACUUUUUAACGUAGACUUUAGGUAGUCUUAUGGAAAAUGAAGAGCAGUGAAACAUCACGGCGUGCGUGUCGUGCGGUCCCACGGCACGCCCGCCCCGUGCCCAUCCUCACCCGUGUCCCCACCACGUGUGCGGCACCGGGGCGCCUGACAAGAGACCGGUCACUACUCAACCGUCACCCGAAUGCCACGCCGGCCACUGCGAGCGGGGUUACCCGCGGCGACCCGCGGUGACAGGAGUAGAAGGCGCCGUCUUCACUCCUUUUGCCGCCCUGGGUAGCACGUUAAGGCGGCUGCGUGACGAGGAUUGUUUCCGCUGGUUUUAUGGUCGCCUUAACUCGCGCCCUCAUUCCCCGUUCGUCUCGAAUAGUCGUUUUUCUUAAACAUCGGAGGCUUAAGCGUGGCAUUCGCUGAACGGUUUGGUAAUCUGAUUGUAAUCAUAUGUUUAGUUCGAUUUGAUGUGACAAAUGAUAUAUUAAAUCAAGAAUGUAUUAUUUCUUACAUCGAAGUAUUAAAUGAUUUAAAUUAAAUUACAUUUUUGAUGUUUAUUUUUCUUUUUAGAUAUGUAUUUUUCUAUGUGAACUGUUAUUGAGACUAGAUGAUUUUAGUACGUGACUUUAUUAAGAUGUUGACUAUCAUGUAUUUUUAUUAUUAACUGCUCUUUUGUCGGCGCCCCGCUGCCUUACGGUCGUCGUCUUGCUGCCACUGUAACAUGUGUCGCGAGCCAUUCCCAUCACAUCACCGCAGUUCCAAACAACCACGUUCACAACCGCCGCGGUUACUGUAAUGCUUCUUAGCCGAUUCUUUUAUUUCCCUUGUAACGUGUUGACUGCUAAAACUAACAAUAUUGUACUUCUCAUACGUUUCGUCUGCAUUGUGUGUAUUAGCGAAUCGAAUUGCACGCAUUACGUCUCCUGCCCCCUUGGUUCAUGGUAACAAACUCAUCGGCAUCGCAUACAUUGUAUAGUUAGAUAAUGGUUCGACUGAGCAGUCGUACGUCAAAAGUACAAAAUAUUUUAUGUAUCGUAAUUUUGUAUGUGUAAUAAAAAUAGAAAGUAAUAGCACAGGUAAUAAUAUUAUGUAUAUUAUUUUUAAGAUAUGAAACUGUAGAAUGUAUGAACGACAUAUUUGUUUGUAAUGUCUCCGUCGCAAACAGUUCUCGAAUUAGCUAGGAGGAACACUAACGAACUCAUCACUUCGUCCAUUAAUUUUAAAAAUAUAAUUUUAUUAGCAUACAGACACCCAAUGAUGUACACUCUAUAUUUAUUCCAACUUGAAGUCCUUAUAAAGGAAAUCAAUGUAAAUAAGUCUUCAUAAAACUUAGAUACAGUAUUUAGGCUUCAUAUUGAAAAUUAUGAGAUAGGUAACAAAUGAGAAUUAUGAAAGAAAUAUUUAUUGAUUAUCGUAAAAUUGGUAUUUACUCAUAUUCCUUGUUUAACAAGGAUGUAGUUAUGUUAAUAACAUAAUAUCUGCAGCGGAUGAUGAGUACCUACCUAUAUAAUAUAUCCACUCAACCCUAGAUUUCAGUCUGCCCAAUAUAUAACUGCAUCCUUAAUUUAUGCUACUGAAAAAUGUCAAUUAUUAAUAUUUAAUACUUUCUUAAAUUCACUACGCUCCACUGAUCGACCGUUUUCAUAGUUCGGAUUAACAGUGUCGUUCAGUAAGCUAAUGCAGACUUAAGUAAUGUAUGUGUAUGUAUGGUAAUGUGAGAAGUAUAAUAUGGUUUCGUUAGUAGAUUAUUCCCUCGUGGCCCGAGCGGCCGGCGCAGCCUACGGCGGCGCUGGCGGCGGCCGCUCGCGCGGGCGCCGGGCGCGGCCUGUGGCGGCGGCUGCCGCUCUUGUGUGAGAUAUAGAGUUUAAAUAUUUGUAAAAUUAACAUUUGAUCUCAAGCGUGCAGCAAAAGUGAAAGUGAGAGAGUAAGAUUGUUGUAUCGCAGCAGCCGCAUCCAGACGCCUCCGCUCCCGCCCCGUAUCGGUUUUCAUUAUAGCAGAGCUAAGGAUAUAAAAAUAUUGUGAUCAUAAUUAUAUUAUAGGUUUAAAAUGCUAGGAAUUAGGAGUAACUGUAUAUUUUGUACAUAUUGAAAAUAGUAUUGUAUCUUACUUCCCUUUAUCCAAACAACCCAGACUCCUGCGUGUUAUGUACCUCCUACCUACCAAUACUAUUACAAAAAUAUUACAUAAA